AUGCUUACAUGGGGAUCGCUGGAGAACAUUGCAUCCAUUCAGCUGAGAGUUCGGCCGAAGUUUUAUGACACGGAGACGUCCUGUCCAGCUUUGAACAUCUCUGAGAUCGACUGGCCUUUGAUGAACCACACCGAAGUCGACAUUCCCAUUUCACGAGGACAUGGGUCGAUCAUAACCUACCAGUGCAUAGAUGAGUACAUGCUAGCGACGUCUGUGGAAGGACAAAGCUCCUCACACGGUGAACUAGUGUGUACAUCUGCCGGCACAUGGAAUCCUAGUGUGACGCUCCCUUGCAAGCUCACUUGCCCCACGGAUUUUUUCAAGUCGGAAAAUAAAAAAGCUUGUUAUAAGUUCCUGACAAGCGCGUCAACCUUUGGCAUCGAGUCUGCUGCUCUUCAAUGCAGCAACUUCAACGCUUCCUUGGCGGUCAACUUCGAGACGAACGACAUGUCAGACGCAUCCAGUGCCUUCUAUUACACUGGCUAUACAGAAAGAAUCCCUACAUACCAAGAGGCUGUGACCCCCUUAGGAGAGCCGGAUGCCAGCUUCAACGCCUCCUGGUACCUGGUUUCACACUCUCUCUACUCCGAUAAGGGCCUGCUUUACGCCAGCUACGGUUUGUGUCCGGAUGGAAAUUGCUUCCAGGCAUCGAGCUCCCCUUCGUGCAUGCUCGUUACAAACACCGGUGAAGUGAAGACAGAUAACUGUUCCGUCUCGACCAAUUUGCCAAUGUGCAUGGUGCCAGCCAGAUGCCCCCCACACUUCGUGAAAUACCGUGGCAUCUGUUACCUCUUCCGGGCACACGAAGCAGACAUCACUGGGGCACUGAAGGCCUGUACACUGAAAGGAGCUUCGCUGGCGUUUCCAAAAGACAUGGAUACCCUUAUGUCCAUCGUGAAUAUGGUGGAGGUUGAUUGA